AUGAGCCGCCCGUCUCAGAGAGCAGCUCCUCCUGCUGCAUCUGGACCCCCAUCAUCCUUACGCCUCCAGCUUCCCACAGUUCAGUCAGCUUCAAACCUAAAAGGCUGGAAGAGGAUCGAGAGUCGCAUCCCCCCAUUAUUGCGGCCUCUCGUACGCGCCUAUCUUCUGGGCUAUGUGUCCUCGGUUGCCCCGAGGUUGUUUACCUUGGUUUCCAAGCAUGUCAUCAGGUUGAAAGCCGAGAAGAAACAACAGGAUGAUUUCGUCGAGUCUUUUAUAAACAUACUGCGGGGUGGCAUGGACUGGCAACGAUUUCCCACAUUUUGCGCUGUCCUUGCCGGUGGCAGCACGUUACUCGAGGUUUCCUUCAAGACUAUACUUGAUCGUUUAGCCGCCACAUUGUCCGAUGUGACACGAAACCGACUUUCAAGAUGGUUUGCCUCCUUCAUCGCGGCAUGGCUCGGUAUCAAGCUCCUACAAUCAAAGCGGACUCCAGGCUUCACCGAGACGAUAACCGCGCCCACUGUCAUAAAUGGUGAAACCCCUUUGCCCACAUCUGACGCCAUUCUGGAUUCAAAACAAGACGCAUCUCCGCGGCAACCCAUAAGGACAGUCCACUACGCCGGCCGGACCCUAGACUUGACCCUUUUCGCUGUCACUCGCGCCCUCGACGUGAUCUUCGGGGAGCUCUGGUCCCACUACAAAGCCCGUCGCCAUGCCUCCCCCUCCCGCACCGCCACCGGCAGGCUCACUGAAGCUCUCAUCUCCCGCCUCACAGACCCGGCCAUCUUCGCCCUCUCCAGCGCUCUCAUCAUGUGGACCUGGUUCUACCAACCCUCGCGCCUCCCCCGGGCCUACAACAAGUGGAUCACCUCGGCCGCCUCCGUCGACGACCGCCUGAUCGAGGCCCUCCGCCGGUGUCGGGCCGGCACCCUCGUGUACGGCAAGGACACGGGCCAGGCCCCGUUGCUCGGCAGCAUGUGUAAGGACUACGACUGGCCCGAGGUCUGGGGCGACCCGGCCAAGGCCCUGCCCUUCCCCUGCGAGAUCGUCCACAUGGGCUGCGGCCCGAGCUGCGAGCCACACGCCCUGUCGAGGUUCGUCCGCUCGUUCAAGUGGGCCUUCACCAUGUACUUGCCGCUCAACUUGCUGCUCGUGCUGCGCAAGCCGAACUGGAAGGCGUUGAAGAGGGCGUUGGUGUCGGCGUGUGGGUCGUCGGCUUUCUUGGGUGCGUUCAUCGCUCUGUUCUACUACGGCGUGUGUCUGGCUCGCACGAGACUGGGGCCGUACGUUGUGGGAAGAGACGCAAAGGGUUGUCAGAAGAUUGACGGCGGGCUUUGCGUCGGUACUGGGUGUGCCUUGUGUGGAUGGAGCAUCUUGCUGGAGAACGCGGGGAGGAGGAAGGAUAUGGCGCUGUUUGUGGCGCCGAGGGCUCUGGCUACGUUGUUCCCGAGGAGAUACGACUUGCAGAAGCAGUGGAGGGAGACGGUGGUGUUUGCGGCUAGCACGGCGGUGGUCUUUACAUGUGCGCUGGAAAAUACGAAGAGGGUGAGGGGUGUUCUGGGAGGGGUUUUGGCGGGUGUGUUGAAGCCGUGA